AUGUCCAACGUAAAUCCCGACCCCGGCCAGAAGGCGCCCGCCUUCAUCCCGCUCGAGGCGAACCCGCCGCUCAUGACGGACCUGCUCCACAAGCUCGGCGUGUCGCCGGCCCUCGCCAUGCACGACGUCUACUCGCUCACGGAGCCGGAGCUGCUGGCGUUCAUCCCGCGGCCCGCGCUCGCGCUGCUGCUCGUCUUCCCCGUCAGCGCCGAGUACGAGAGCCAGCGCCUCUCGGCCGACAGCCUGGUGGAGGAGUACAAGGGAAAGGGCGCCGCGGAGCCGGUGGUGUGGUGGCGGCAGACGAUCCGCAACGCGUGCGGCAUGAUGGGCUUGCUGCACGCCGUGUCCAACGGGCCGGCCAAGGAGUUUAUCGAAUCCGGCUCGACUCUCGACAAGCUGCUCGAGAAAUCGAUCCCGCUCGAUCCCGCCCAGCGCGCCAGUCUCCUCGAGCAGACACCCGAGCUCGCCGACGCGCACAAGGAGGCGGCGUCGCAGGGCGCGACGUCGGCGCCGGACGCGCAGGACGACGUGGACCUGCACUACGUCUGCUUUGUCAAGGGCGGCGACGGCGCGCUGUACGAGCUCGACGGGCGCCGCAAGGGCCCGAUCCGCCUCGGCGAGCUGGGCGCCGACGAGGACGUCCUGAGCGAAAAGGGGCUGGCGCUCGGCCCGCUCAAGUUCCUGGAGAGGGCGGGCGGCGACUUGCGGUUCAGCGCCGUGGCGCUGGCGGGCGGGCUCGACUAG